AUCACAGUUAAAACGCGUGGAACAUCAUGGCGGCUCCCUGGACGCUCCAUGCGGUGUUUGUUACGCUUUGAGUGAUAAUUGUGUAGUUCGGUUCCGGUUCGGUGCUUAUUUUAGUGAAAGUGCGGGUUGUGAGUGAUUUAUUUAGAGAUUGCGGUGGAACCGGAGCUGAACAGGAGGAUCCGCGAUGCAACACGACGAUGUGAUCUGGGAUCUGAUCGGAAAUAAACUGUUUUGUUCUUAUAAAGUAAAAACAAAAACGAAGAAUUUCUGCCGGAACGAGUACAACAUCACGGGUCUCUGCAACCGCCAGUCAUGUCCUCUGGCCAACAGUCAGUACGCCACGGUCCGAGAGGAGAAAGGUCGGUGUUUCCUCUACAUGAAGGUGAUCGAGAGGGCGGCUUUUCCAGCACGUAUGUGGGAGAAGGUGAAGCUGAAUCAGAACUAUGAGAAGGCCCUGGAGGAGAUCGAUACAAACCUCAUCUACUGGCCGCGCCACAUCCGGCACAAGUGCAAACAGCGUUUCACCAAAAUCACACAGUACCUCAUCCGUAUCCGCAAGCUCACGCUGAAGAGACAGAGGAAGCUUGUUCCGCUUAGCAGGAAGGUCGAGAGGAGAGAGAGGAGGAGAGAGGAAAAAGCCCUGGUCGCUGCUCAGGUGGAGAACGCCAUCGAGAAAGAGCUGCUGGAGAGGUUAAAACAGGGCACGUACGGAGACAUUUACAACUUCCCCAUCCACGCCUUCGAUAAAGCUCUGGAGAAACAGGACGUAGAGAGCGAGACGGAAGAUGAGGAGGAAGGCGAAGAGGAGGAGGAGGAGGAUGAGGAUGCAGGGAAGAGAGAAUUUGUCGCUGACGACGAGUUUGAAGAAAGUGACAUCAGUGAUUUUGAGGAUAUGAACAACUUGAAGGCCAGUGAUGAGGAGGAGGAAGAUGGCUCCAGUGGAGAGGAGGAAUCGGAAGAGGAAAUGGAGGAAGAGGUUGAGGAAGAGUCAGAAUCCAGAGUCAAGUCGAAAGGAAAGACUCCACUCAAAGGACCAGUGAGGAAGAAACGAGCGUACGUGGAGAUCGAGUACGAGCAAGAGACGGAGCCAGCGGCUAAAAGCAAGGCUUCGUAGAGACUUUUACACCCACACACACACAUUGAACUGUCUAUAGUUUGGAAGUAAAUCUCUCCACACUGAUAAAGUUGAGUGGCUGCGUGUAUGGAGAAAAUGUGAUUGUUUUUUGUGAAAAACAUGGUUCUACAAUACUUAGCAUAAAGCUAUUUUUAAUCAAA